AUGGCUACCCUCUUCUCUAGCCCCAAGAGGGUUGUCUUCAUCGGCGCUGCCGGUGCGAUGUGUCGCAUUGCCAUCGAGCGCUUUGCAGCAGCCAAGGAUAUUUCGCUCGUUCUCACCGACAUUAAUGUCGGUCCCAUUGAUGUUCUCGCAGCUCAACUUCCUACUGGACGGGCAACUACCCUGAAGCUGGAUCUCUAUGAUCGUUCCGCCCUGCUUGCCGCCACGAAGGGCGCGUCCCUCGUUGUCCUCGGCGCCGGACCUUAUUCUAAGACCAGCGAGCCCGUUAUUUCAGCCUGCCUUGAGAAUAAGGUUCCCUACCUCGACUUUGACGACGAUGUGGAAAGUACUACUGCAGCACUCGCCUUGCACGAGAAGGCAAAGGCUGCCGGUGUGCCGUUCUUCAUCGGCUGCGGCGCGUCUCCUGGUGUCACGAAUGUCAUGGCUAUCGAUGCUGCCAAAGGAAUUGAGAAGGUGGAUUCGAUCGAUGUCUGUUGGCUAGUUGGUGAUGAACGACCUGGAAUUGGCAAGGCUGUUCUGGAGCACCUGAUGCAUAUCGCCGCCGGUCCCUGUUUGACAUGGGCCAAUGGAAAGGCCACUGUCAACGAAUCGUGGGUUGAAACCGGCUAUGCGCCAAUGUAUGGUGAUCACGGAGAGACACUCCUGCACGAAACUGCCCACCCGGAGCCUGUGACGCUCCCACGGCUCUUCCCUAGUGCCACUCGGAUCCGCUGCCUUGGUGCACUGCACCCGGCACCAUUUAAUGGCAUUUCCCGUGGACUCGGUAACGCCGUGAGGCGGCAACAGAUCAGCGUUGACGAGGCCGUUGAAUUUAUUCUGAAUUUGAUCAACAAUCCUAAUCCGGCUGAAGGAUGGCAGGGUGCUCUGGGUGGGGCCAGCGCGUACCUACGUGGCGGCGACGUCACACUCAACGAGCUCUGGCAGAUUAUUUCCAACGCUGCCGGUGGACCGUGGCGGCACGCUAUGUAUGGGAUGCUUGAACAGAUCAAGACUGGUGAAUGCACCACUGGAGAAGUGCUCAGCUUCCUCUUCGACUCUGCUCGUGGCAAGAUUGGGCCGUACUGCGGUGGCCUGACUGUUCGAGUCACCGGUACUCGCAAUGGCAUGCCGGUCGUUCAGAUGAAACGCACAGGCCUGGCUGGUGAAGGCGCUGUUCUUUUCAAGAAUAUGGCUGCCAUCACCGGAGGUGCUUGUGCCGCCUUCAUGGUUCUGGCAAUGGAGGACGAUUCGAAGCUUGCCGGUGUUUUCGCUCCCGAAGAUUGGGUUCAGCCCCAAGCUUUCUAUAAGGCUCUCGGCCGUAUUGGUGUGCCGUACAGCGAACUCGCUCAUCUGCUUGAGGAUCCAACGGAGCACAGCUCGCGCCUGUAG